UGCGCGUCGCACGACGACGCGAUUAUACGCGCGGAAAUCCGCUUCGAUUGCUCUAAUUGAUUUUCCUUUACCCCUAUCCACAAGAGCGUAGCGGAUAACUUAAUCAAUUUCUGCUCGACGGACACCGCCGGCGGAUUAAAUAAGAAUGCAAAAAUAGCAUUCAAAGCGUAUUUACUCGGCGGUCAUUUGACACAUAAAUUCAGUCAUAUCCACUUUAUUCCGUGCAUUGCCCCCUGAAAGCACUCGGACUGUGCAGUUGUGGUUGUAGGGAGCAUCAUGCCAGGUGACUUGAUAGAAAGACUCAUUUUUGAGAUCGAAAAGCACCCAAUGAUAUAUGAUAAGUCCCUAGCCGAAUUCAAAGAUACUGAAAGGAAAGAAAGGGUAUGGAAGCAAAUUGGUGAUAAAGCUAAUUUAACAGUUGGACUUGCGAAGACGAAGUGGAAGAGUGUCCGCGACGCUAUUAGGAAAUAUUUAGAUGCCAUUCCCAUACCGAAAAGUGGUCAGGGCAGGACGAAACCCAAGAAGGAAUACAAGUAUGCAAAGAUGUUGGAGUUCCUGAGGCCACAUAUGGAGAACCGCAAGUCUUCUGGCAAUCUUGAGGACCUUGAUACAGAUACAAUUGAAGCAGGCGAUGAUAUUCCGAUUGAUAAUAUCAAUGUCGAAGACGAACUCGAGUUGGGUGAUGGAACCUCAUCGGAAUACAAUGACAAACAACCAGAAACAUUCGCUGCACCAAAACCCAGAUGCCAACAAAAGAAAAAGGCUUCAAAACCAGCAUCUGAGGUGGAUGACGCCAUAGUUUCUUACAUCAAAAGCAAGAAUGAAAAGAAGCCAAAACAACCGGAUGAGGAUGAAAAUAUUUCUGACUUUAUGAAAUCAAUGAUUGCGAGUAUCAAAAAGUUUCCGCCACAAAUUAGAUCCAGCAUCAUGUUCAAAAUUCAUGGUUUAGUGCAUGAGGCCGAAAUGCAUGUAAUCUACGGGAGCAGUGGCAACCAAGCAUCCCAGCAUAUCCAGGGUAACCCAUCCACCUCGACCGGCUUCUCCAAUGUUGGUUCGUGCAUGGGUAUGGGCCAGAUGCAACAACAAUCAAGCAAUUCGACAAAUUGGAAUGCUCCAAAUUUAAUGUAACUUCCAGAAAUGUUUGUAUGGAACAACAAUUGAUU